CCUCCGACUUAUCUCCACCCAUCCACCCAGUCACCGCUACCCCCGAUUUCCAGGCAGGUUCCGCCCCUUUCCUUUACCCCCCACCUCCGCUUCGCGCCUCCGCUUCGCUCCAUUCGAGCGCGGCGCCGCAUCUGCGAGGAUCUCGUUCCCUUACCGUGGGAGGAAAAAGUCCUAUCGCCAAACUUGGCAAACUUGCCGGAAUUUCCUUUGCUUUCUCGGAUUCCGCUGCCCGCUGCUGAAAAUGGCCUUGCAGGCGCCUUAUUACAAACCGACUGUUCCUUUUAGUGGUCCAAUUUAUGGUGGCCUGAAAGAUGGGAUGACCGUAUUAGUCACCGGAAGUGUUUUGAAGAACUGCAGAAGAUUCCAGGUUGACUUUCAGUGUGGCAAUUCCCAAGUGCCCAGAUCGGAUGUCGCUUUCCAUUUCAAUGUCCGUUUUGAUGAGAACUGUACUGUAUGCAAUUCACACGAAAAGGGUGGCUGGCAGGAAGAAGAAAGAAAAUACGAGAUGGUUUUCCAGAAAGGGCAUCCUUUUGAGAUCCGGUUUCUUGUGAACAUAUCCUCCUAUGUGGUUCUCGUCGAUGGAAAGCUAUAUUUGGAAUUCAAACACAGGAUCCCUCUUUCUCGGGUAGAUACCAUCGGAAUUUCAGGAGAACUAGAUGUUGUUUCGAUCAGCUUCCAAAGUCCAGCGAGCUAUCCAGUUUGUUCCAACCCAGUUUUCCCAACAUAUUCACAGUCAAGUGCCUAUCCCAUUGGACAAUGCUUUCAGCCACAACUUUAUCCUCUCCCUUACCGAGCUACCAUCUAUGGGGGUCUUUUCCCAUCCAAAUCAAUAAUAGUCUCAGGCUCUGUGUCCCCUUCUGCUCAGAGGUUCCACAUCAAUCUGAAAGCAGGGAACGAUACUGCUUUCCAUCUCAACCCACGGUUUGAUGAGAAUGUGAUUGUUCGAAACUCUAACCUCAACAUGCGCUGGGGCUCAGAGGAGCGACACCUGCCCUGUGGGAUGCCUCUGUUGCGUGGCCAACCCUUUACCAUCUGGAUUCAGUGUGAAGCAAACUGCUUCAAGGUGGCUGUAAACGGACAACAUCAGUUUGAAUACAACCAUCGUAUGCAUAACCUGCUUCAGAUAAAUCUGCUUGAAGUGGAUGGUGACAUAACGUUGGCCAACAUCCAGGCUUAAAGUUGUCCAUUUUUGGAUGGAUGUGCAAUUGAUGUGAAAUGUUGAGCCUAAAGUGCUCUUUUCAGUUUUUAAGAACCAUAGAAAUUCAGGUUUUUUUCCUUCCAAUCUAAUUGUUCGAAUAAAAUUAGUUUUGUUCAUA